GGACAGCGCCCUGAGCGCCUUCCUUGCGGAGUUGAGUCGCGCACCGCGUCGAGCGCCCGCGCCACCCCCGGACCCCGGGAGCGCCGCGCGCAACAAGCGCAGCCACCGCGGGGAGCCCUCGCAGCACAUCCGCGCCGAGAGCCACGACAUGCUGAUGAUGAUGACCUACUCCAUGGUGCCGAUCCGAGUGAUGGUGGACCUGUGCAACAGCACCAGGGGUAUCUGCCUGACAGGACCACCUGGCCCACCAGGACCUCCAGGAAUUGGUGGGUUACCAGGAUACAAUGGAUCAGAUGGACUGCCUGGUCCCCAGGGCCCAAAAGGCGAAAAAGGAGCAAAUGGAAAAAGAGGAAAAAUGGGGCCACCUGGAGCCACAGGAACUCCAGGGGAAAAGGGAGACCCUGGUGAGCUGGGCUUGCCUGGAAACGAGGGACCAGCAGGGCAGAAGGGGGACAAAGGGGACAAAGGGGACGUAUCCAACGAUGUGCUCCCCACAGGUGCCAAAGGUGAUCAAGGCCCACCUGGCCCACCAGGCCCACCUGGGCCCCCAGGCCCUCCAGGUCCCCCAGGGCCACCUGGAAGCAGAAGAUCCAAAGGCCCUCGGCAACCAAACAUGUUCAACGGCCAGUGCCCAGGUGAGACGUGUGCGAUACCUAAUGAUGAUACCUUGGCUGGAAAAGCUGAUGAGAAAGUCAGUGAACACCCACAAGCAGAAUCCAUGAUCAAGUCCAUUGGAAAUCCAACACAGGUGUUAAAAGUUAAAGAGACGUUUGGGACUUGGAUCAGAGAGUCUGCUAACAAGAGUGAUGAACGGAUCUGGGUGACUGAACAUUUUUCAGGCAUCAGGGUGAAGGAAUUCGAAGACCAGCCGUCACUGCUGAACGGCAGUUACACACUCAUCCACCUCCCGUAUUAUUUCCACGGCUGCGGGCACACGGUCCACAACAACUCUCUCUACUACCACAAAGGAGGCUCCAACACCAUCGUGAGAUUUGAAUUUGGCAAAGAAACAUCCCAAACUCUGAAGCUUGAAAACGCCUUGUAUUUUGAUCGAAAAUACCUCUUUGCAAAUUCCAAGACAUACUUCAAUUUAGCUGUAGAUGAAAAGGGCCUUUGGAUUAUCUAUGCUUCCAGCGUGGAUGGCUCGAGCAUCCUUGUAGCACAGCUGGACGAGAGGACCUUCUCUGUGGUGCAGCACGUCAACACCACGUACCCCAAAUCCAAGGCCGGCAAUGCCUUCAUUGCCCAAGGGAUCCUUUAUGUCACGGACACCAAAGAUAUGAGGAUAACAUUUGCUUUUGAUUUGUUAGGAGGGAAACAGAUGAAUGCCAAUUUCAAUUUAAGAACUUCCCAGUCUGUUCUUGCCAUGUUAUCAUACAAUAUGAGAGACCAGCAUUUAUACUCGUGGGAAGAUGGCCAUUUAAUGCUUUAUCCCGUACAGUUUUUGUCAGCUACAUUAAACCAGUGAUGGGAUACAUUCUCUUCCCCUCAGUAAAUUUCAGAUGUUCUCUGGCACCAUUUAUACCCCAACAGGAAACUUGCCUUUAAGAAUAGCCAGGUAACUUAUCUGUCAUAAUCUCAUGACAUGGGUGUUUAUGUGAUUAGUGACCACCCCCUCCUUUAAAUUCAGAUUCUGUAGGGGAAAAUAACAGAUUGGAAAUCAAAAUGGCUGAGAUUGGGUGAUUCUUUCCUAAACUAGCUGAGCAAGUUCUCUCUCCCUCUCUGGGUCUUGUUUCCCCCACUGUUAAUAUGAAAUGGCUGGCUAAGAUGAUUGGGUAAGUUCUCCGCUACCUGGAGGGAAUCCUGUGAUUCUUAGCUGUUGCUGCUCUCCCAACUUUUAUCUGUUUGGUUUUUCCUGGCUUUUAGCCCAGGCUGAGUUGAUCAUUCCGAUUGCUUGAGUAAUGAACUCCUUAGUGCUGACUUAACAUUUAGUGCCUUGGAAGCUGCGCUGGCCCUUUAAGGCUACUGAGGUCCCUUAUUAUCCCUAAUUUAUUCUGUUUCUCUGCAUCUGCACCUGCCACCUCAGCGCCAGAAUGGCCAUUAUCCUCAGCUCCUGAUUAUCACUCCUAGAUUAGCAAAAACCGACAACAGCUAGAUGCUCGUGCUUCCCAGCGAAAUAGAACAGGCCCUUCCAGGCUUCUCUCAAUUUCUGAUCAUGCUGAUUGGCAGCUGUGGGUCGUCAAGAGCAACCCCUCAGGUCUCGCGGGCUGCUUCCGCCAUGGCCCGGACCUGCUGUCAAGAGUACCCUGUAGACUGUGCGGGGGCAUUACUCUGGCGAGAACUCUGGGAAGCGCUUUGCCGUUUUCAGAGAGGCACCAUCUGUAUAGAACAGGGAGGAGCAAACUGUGGCCCUCGGGCCAAAGCCAGCCCACUGCCUGUUUUUGUAAAUCAAGUUUUAUUCAACACAGUCACGGGCAUUUGGUUGUGUAUUACAGUCCGGGACUACUUCUGCUCUCCGCUGGCGGGCUUGUCCGCUGGCCGCCCUCACUGAGUACUGUGUGUGCGGGGGAGGCUUCUGAUCCCACUGGGGCCAAGGUGAUUCUCAGUGGCCGUGAGUCCUGGUUUUAUACUUUAUUAACAGAAGCAUUUUGAACUUAAAGAACGUACAGAUUUAAAUAUUUAAAUCUCCCCACCCCCUGAAUAAACCUAGGCAGCUAUUAGGGAAUUUAUUGUUGUGUUCUCAAAAUCAUGAGUAUUUGAAACUUUGCCCCCCAAGUUUUUAAUUAGAUUGGUUAUGUCAUUGUAAUCACAGCUUUCAAAAAAAUAGUCUUUUCAGAUUCAUGUUUUGUAACAAAGUAAAAUAGAAUUUCAUGGUUGAGAUCAAUGUGUCUAAUGAAUGCUAGUUAGUCUUCUUUUAAAAGUAUUUAAAAAUAUGCAUUGCUGUUUCUGGACCCAGGGGACCUGAAUAUGAGUAUAAUUUCAUAGUGAUGGUGGUAACAGGAAUACAUACAACAGUAAUUGUAUAUAUGGUAGCAACCAAAAGAAGUUAGUUAUUGAAUUAGCCCACAUUGCUUUUAGAAAAAAAGCUUUAGAAACCUCAGUUCUUGAUAUUUGAGCUAUCUUGGCUCCUUUAAUUAUUGAUAAGGAACCUUAUACUUACUAUUAGAGAAACUCAUACUGGAAUUUUUCUCUUUGUUUUGCUUUGCUAUGGCAGAGUAAUAUAAGGACAACUGAGUUUGACCAACAAACAAAAAUUAGUAAUUUCCAAAUAUGGUUGAAAAAACUUCUUUACUAAGUGCAAAGAAUUAAGAUUUUACUCAUUCUUUCCUGCAAACAGUGCUUGAUUAAAAAAAAAUAUUUGUGCUCACUGCUAAUUAGAAUAUACCGCCUAAUGGUUUUAAGUCAAGGUAUCAUUUUAGCAGUUUACAUUAUCACUUAUAACCAAAGUUACUUAGAGGCACUUUCCAAAUAUCCGCACUUUUGAUGUUAGAAUCAAAUCAGAUAAUUCUCUAACUCUUCUCUAAAGUAGAUAGCUUCACACCAGAAAGUAAAGAAAACCAUCCCUUCCAGCCUCAAAGGUGAGUGGACCCUAUUUCAAAGCAUUUUCUUUGAAACUGAUAAUGUGUCCUGUUGAAGCCAUGUGGGUGAUUACGGUCUCAGCGUAUCACUAAGCACAGGUGUUAUGACAGAGAAAGAGUCCUGGCGGGGAAGAUUUAAAAUGAGGAGUUCUGAUCUUAGGCACCUCCGCGGUCUUACUACCUUCCAACAUGGCAAGGUGAAAAAUCAAACGAGACACCAAAAUUCUUGAAGAACCAGGGGUCAUUUUUCAACUGCACAGACUACAUUUUGGCUGUGACUGUCUGAUAGCAAAACACCUGAAGAAGGUCAUGAUAGGGCUUUCUAGUUUUCAUCCAGCUGCUGUGAGCUGGCAUAUCACACCAUUAAAAGCCAUGAUUUCCAGUUUGUAACCACAGACUCUGAACUCUUUUUUUUUUUUUUUUUUCGGAGGAGUUUCCAGGGAGUGAACCCAGGACCUCAUGCAUGCUAAGCAUGUCCUCUACCACUGAGCUAUACCCUCCCCUGGUUCUGAACUAUUCUGAACAAAUGAAUCAUGGUGAAUGUCUCUUUUGGGGUUGUAAUUUAAUGUUAAUUAGUCAAUAAAGAUAAUCAUUGCUGAACACAGUCACAUGCUGAAACAAGUAUACUGAUAUUUUUACCUGUUGUUAAUUUAUGCGUAACAUUUAAAAGGAAAAAUAACAACCCAAAACCAAUACUGUGGUAGAAUAUUUGUUGCGCCUCUGUUGAGACUCUCAGUUGGCUAGCUCCUGAUGAAUACUGGAAAAGUCAUUGAUACGGACUAUGUUUUCUCUAUAGGAAAACAUGAAAAAUGUAAAACUAGUAACGAAAACUAGAUACUUACAGACAUAAUGCAAUGAAAAUUUGCUAAUUUAUUGGCACAGGAAUGACAACUGAAAAGGUCAUGACAUUUUGGACUAAAAAUAAUGAACAGAUUUUUAAAAUUGGAUUUGUGUGAAUUUGGGUAAGUUUCAAUCUCUCAGAGCCUCAGGUUCAUCUGUAAAAUGUGAACAGUGGUAUUACUUACCUCCUUUAAUUUUUCUAUGUGAAAAGAGAAAUACUCUAAAAAUUAUAUGAUUCUUGAUAAAUUGUAAUUGCUACUUUUAUAAUUCAUCCCUACAAGGAGCCAGAGUGACCCUGUUAUUCUUACAGCCUUAUUCAAAUGCUGCAAAAAAACCAAACCAAAACAAAACAAAACACCUGCAACAAUGAGUGGGGCACAGCGUCAACAGUUUCUAUGUACUGGUCUGUUGGAGCAGGUAGUUAAGACUUCACAUCACCAAAAAAAAUGGUGCCUUAGUCAUACAACAAAUUUACAAUAAAACUGCCCCUCAAUAUAAUGAAAAAACAGUUCAAGGACCUGCUGCCUUGACCUAUAGAGUCUUUAUAACCAACCCUAGAAGUAUCUCUGUUCCUGGAAGGCUCAGGCAUGCAUUGCUGAUGACUUUUGUCAUUAAAAUAAUAUAAAGCAAAAAAAAAA